GCUUUCCUCUUUGUAGUCCCGCGCACGUUAGUAAAGUACGAGAAGUAGCAUUUAAAAACUCCAUAUCCCAUAAUGCACUUCUCGAACAUCCGGUAUGUUCAAGCUAAGCUAAGCUAAGAAGUUGUGAAUUCGUUUCGCACCGCGGAAAUGGCGGAAUGGCGCAACGUGUUGCCGCAGGAAUGGUUUAAAUGUGUGAAUCAGAAGGUAAAAGUUACUGCACAUGAUAAACAGCAGUAUGAAGGCUUUGUGUACACUGUGGAUCCAGUGUCUGCCAGCCUAGUCCUCGUGACCUUCGAGGAGAAAAGAAACGCUUCCGUGAGGGUCGUCUCGGGUCACGCUGUGAGAGACGUGCAGCUCCUCAGGGCAGGAGAUGAAGAGACAGAGAAGAUGAUGAGGUCACUGUUUACACCUGCUGCCUGUCAGGAAUUCAGCAAAGAGGAACUCGAGGAACGCAAGAAGGACCUGCGAACAUGGCUGGAGAAGAACCUGAUUCCGGUUACGGACGACGGCAACGUCCUGCAUGUGGCCGACGUGCUCACCAUCAGCGCUCCGUACGGCCCCGAGCAGUGCAGCAGCACCAACGAAAUCAUCCUGGCAAGAGUGCAGAGUCUCGUGGAAAACAAGCCAGGACGAGAAAACCAGCGUUAAGCAUUCAGCUCGUCACACAGUGUGUGUCCUCUCUGUGAGAGGUCAUGAUGUCCAUGAUGUCUAAAAUGUCCAUGUGUUCCUCUUUCUACUGAGAGAGAUUGAGACUUUGAUUAAAGCACUUGCUGCACUGACUUCUACGUAUGUCUUUAAUUCUGAUGCACACAUUUGGCCUCAUUUAUCAAUCUGGAUACUAAAAAAUCCUUUGGUUCGUGUGGGGAAAAAAUAAAUAAAUGCCUUUUGUAUUCUACAAGAAUGAGAUCAUUUACAUCAACUUCAAUCCAAUAGUUUAUUGCUGAUGAACUUACUGCAAUAUUAAAUGUGGGUAACUAUCGUUUAUGUCAUAAAUUUUUCAUUUUGUGAAACUGUUGUUUCAUAUUCCUGACCUGACAAAGUAACAGAGCCUAAAUCAAGACAAAUACGACUAGCUGUUCACUUGGAACAAAAGUAAUGACACACAAUUCCAUUAAAGGUCACGUUAGUGUGUGUGUGUGUGUAAAUAAGUGUCUAGUACCCAAAGUGCGGAUUAGUGUGGAUCGGCCUACAAAAAACAUACACACAACUUUACUAAAAGACAAAAUGAGGCCCAAAGUGUCAUAAAAAUCUUAUAUGCUUCUAUUUAAAAAAAACACUGGUCAGAUAAAUAAGAAAACCAAAAUGUCAGCUUUUAAGUGCUUAUAAAAAUAUAUUUUUUUGUUGUUGCUUGAACAGGAAAUACUUCUGCAGUUUGUAUUGUACCACGAAUUUGUAAUAAAUGUCAUGACAAAUUUUA